AUGGAGCAUCAUGAUUUUCACAAGGGCCGCUCCUCCAAACGAGAGACCAUAGCAGUUUCUGCAGUUGCUUUACAGGAUCAUAUAAUACACAGUCAUCAGCUCCAGGAUCUUUCAUUAGCAGAUCCUUUUAAGUCAAGGACAAGGAAUACCAAGAACAUUUACAAACCCGUGAACAAAGAAAUGGUCAGAGCAGUAGUAGAUACUGGACUAAGAAAAAAGAGCACUCACCACAAAAACAAGGAAGAUGCAGAAAAGGAGUAUGUUCUUGAUCCCAGUCCUCCACAGCUAACGUUAGCUCAGAAAUUAGGCCUAGUUGAGCCUCCUUCCUUGCCACUAACUGCUGAAGAAUGGGUAAAAAUAAGGCAGAGAUCCAUACAGCAUGGAGACUCCGUACAGCCUUGUGCAAUAUGCAGGGAAGAAUUUGCACUUCAACCUCAGGUGCUGCUUUCAUGUUCCCAUGUAUUCCAUAAAGCAUGCCUGAAAGCCUUUGAAAAAUUUACAGGUAAAAAGUCUUGUCCUAUGUGUAGAAAAGAGCAGUAUCAGACCAGAGUAAUACAUGAUGGGGCACGCUUGUUUAAGAUAAAGUGCGCUAUUAGAAUUCAGGCUUCCUGGAGGGGAUAUAUUGUUAGAAAAUGGUAUAAAAACUUGAGAAAAACAGUGCCUCCUAAAGAUAGCAAAUUAAGAAAGCAAUUCUUUGAGAAAAAGGUUCAACAGAUCAGCAAUCGACUGUUGAGUUCUUAUAACAUCAACCUAGAUGAAUUUUUUUCUGAGAUAGAUUCUUCUAUAGCAGCAAGUCGAGAUGUGUUUCAGCAGUUGGAAGCAAAAGAAAUAUUAAUAAGUGAAACUGACUGGGAGAAGAUCCAGAUGCAGGCAUUUCAGCAAGAGAUAUUUGACUGUCCUAUCUGUAUCAUGCCACUCAGUCCUACCGUUCAUCCUGCCCGUCCCUUCUCUGAUAACAGCAAUCCGUUCUCACAACAGACUGUUCUGCUUUCUUGUUCACAUGUGUUUCAUCAUACCCGUCUUAAAGCAUUUGAAGAGUUUUCCUUGGGAGAGUGA